AUGCUGAAGAUAUGGUCUAUGAAACAAAAACAGCAACAGGCCGAAAAUGCAGAAGGUGGUGCCGGACCAAGGAAGAAAAAAGUUACCGCCGCUCAGCUGCGAGUACAACGAGAUCUUGCAGAGCUAUCCCUCGGGUCAACGAUGAAAAUGGCAUUCCCAAACCCUGACGAUAUUCUCCAUUUUGUUCUGACAGUUGAGCCAGACGAAGGGAUGUAUAAAGCAGGCACCUUCACCUUUAAUUUCACAAUCAACCAAAAUUUCCCACAUGAUCCACCCAAGGUGAAGUGCAAUCAGAAAAUAUACCACCCAAAUAUUGAUUUAGAAGGGAACGUGUGUUUAAAUAUUCUACGUGAGGAUUGGAAGCCGGUACUGAAUCUGAAUGCAUUUCUCUUCCUAGAGCCGAACGCAUCUGAUCCCCUAAAUAAAGAAGCCGCCGACGAUUUACGACUUAACAGAGACCAAUUCAAGCGGAAUGUUCGUAGCUCUAUGGCGGGAGGGUCGGUCCGUGGUACCAACUACGAUCGCGUACUGAAAUAG